GGGGCGUCCCGGACGAUUUAACCCCGGAGCGCCGCUCGUGGGAGGCGCAGGCGGGCGCCCGGGUGCGAGUGGGCCCCUGCUCGCCUGGCGGGCCGCGUCCGCCUGCCCAGUGGCCAUGAUAGUGUUUGUCAGGUUCAACUCUAACCACGGGUUCCCAGUGGAGGUCGAUUCUGACACCAGCAUCUUCCAGCUCAAGGAGGUGGUUGCUAAGCGACAGGGGGUUCCAGCUGACCAGCUGUGUGUGAUUUUCGCAGGGAAGGAGCUUCGGAAUGGCUUGACAGUGCAGAGCUGUGACCUGGAUCAGCAGAGCAUCGUUCACGUGGUGCUGAGACCGCGGAGAAAAGACCCAGAAGGGCACACACCUCGGGGGGACAGCCCGCGGCCCGCUUGGGGGCGCUCUGACAGGGAGCCCGAGAGCCUGACUCGCGUGGACCUCAGCAGCUCGGUGCUCCCCGCCGACUCGGUGGGCCUGGCUGUGAUACUGCAGGACAGCGAGGAGGGCGGCGCCUCGUCCGCCCGCAGGCCAGCAGGUAAACCGACCUAUAACAGCUUUUAUGUCUACUGCAAAGGCCCGUGUCAAGGAGUGCAGCCAGGAAAGCUCAGGGUGCGGUGUAGCACCUGCCAACAAGCAACGCUCACCCUUGCCCAGGGUCCUUCUUGCUGGGAAGAUGUCUUAAUCCCAAACCAAAUGAGUGGUGAAUGCCGGUCUCCAAACUGCCCUGGGACCAGAGCGGAAUUUUUCUUUAAAUGUGGAGCACACCCGACCUCUGACAAGGAAACAUCAGUAGCUUUGAACCUGAUCACAACAAACAGUCGAGACAUCAGCUGCAUAACGUGUACGGACAUCAGGAGCCCCGUCCUGGUUUUCCAGUGCACCCACCGCCACGUCAUCUGCUUAGACUGCUUCCACCUGUACUGCGUGACCAGACUCAACGAUCGGCAGUUUGUCCACGACCCGCAGCUUGGCUACUCUCUGCCUUGCGUGGCUGGCUGUCCCAACUCCUUGAUUAAAGAGCUCCAUCACUUCAGGAUUCUUGGAGAAGAGCAGUACAGUCGGUACCAGCAGUACGGGGCGGAAGAGUGCGUGCUGCAGCUAGGGGGCGUGCUCUGCCCCAGCCCGGGCUGCGGGGCGGGGCUGCUUCCAGAAGCGGGCCAGCGAAAGGUCACCUGCGAACCGGCCCACGGCCUGGGCUGCGGGUUCGUCUUCUGCCGGGACUGUAAGGAGCCGUACCACGAAGGUGACUGCGGCACCGUGAUUGAAGCCUCAGGAGCAGUCACUCAGGCCUACAGAGUCGAUGAAAAGGCUGCAGAGCAGGCCCGGUGGGAGGAAGCCUCCAAAGAAACAAUCAAGAAGACCACCAAGCCCUGUCCCCGCUGCCACGUGCCCGUGGAGAAAAACGGAGGAUGCAUGCAUAUGAAGUGCCCGCAGCCCCAGUGCCAGCUCCAGUGGUGCUGGAACUGCGGCUGCGAGUGGAACCGCGCCUGCAUGGGGGACCACUGGUUCGACGUGUAGCUGGAACAGCGGCCGCGCAGGCGCACUCAGCCGCCAUCCUGCUGGGAAGUACACGGCGCCCUCCUAUCUUCUGCUUUUUCCUCUCUCUACACACACACGCACACACGCACGCACACACACACACAGCGCACGUGCACACACACGCACACGCACGCGCGCACACACACACGCACACACAUGCACACGCACACACACACACACAAACACGCACGUUUCCAGUUCUUUCCAAAACCACCAAAGCAAAGUUAUCGGAGAAGCUCCCAGGAUCCCCGUCUCCGGGCCCCUGAGAAACGGCGAAGCCAGUGAUGAGUCCCGCCGGAAGUAUUCUCAAGCCCCGAAAAUACACUCACAGUCAGAGCACAGAGGACGGUGCGGUUCCCCGUGUGCGCUGUCAUUCUUGAUUGAAUUCGAGUCAGACUGAAUAAGUACAUAAAGACGGACUUCUCAAUUACCUGCCUUUUACCUUCAGCAAAUACUGGGAAGAAGCCUUUGGUGGGGUGGGGAAAGAUUUCAAGGGGCUAUUACCCGUGGUUCUCUGUAAGACUGCAGUGGAUUCUGAGAACUUCAUGCCCGGCUUAAAUAGCAACGGACUUAUUUAAAUCUUCAGGAAGCAUGUGUUCCCAAAGAGCCACAGGCAGUAGUCAAAACUAUGUGUUUAUCCCCAAGAAUUCUAUAUUUAUAUCUUGCAUUAAUGAAACAUCAACUCUGCAUGAAUCAGCUUGUCAACUAAGUGAGAAAUUAUGAAAGUUAAUCUGAACAUUGAAUGCUCAAAAUGUAUGUAUUUGAACAUUCACUCCAUUUAACUCUGCAACUUUAGACGUUGUUUUUCUGAAAACAUUACAAAAUCUAGAAUUUGACUUUAAGCACUCAUUUUGAGCGUGAAAAAUAAGCUCGUACGUCUGGCUUCACUGUACAUGUGACAAGGGGCCUCUGAAGGAGACACUGUUAGAAAUCAGUUCAGUGAUGAUUCUCAGUGUCAACAAACACGCAGUUUAUUAAAGCAGAAUCUCCAAAGAAGGAACCUUCCCAGCCCGUCAGAAUGAAACCAGGCAGAUCAGAAGGGUCAUGCUCUUUCUAUCUGCCUGGACAACGUUAAUUACACUGUUUUAUGUCAGCGUAUAUUUUCUUCUGGAUCUUUCAGACCUGAUUCAAAUUGCAGUUGUCAAAGCAAUAAGACUCACAGGGAAACUGCAACAACAAAAGUGCCUAGAAAGGAUAAGGGGGUCACUGCGGACGAAUUGUGAUGUGGAAUCAAAAUACAACAUAAGUGUAAUUAACCAGGUUCAGGGCAACCCGCACGGGGGCUCUGCCCACCCAGUGGGUUACUCAGAGUUCUUUUCUCUACGAUUGUAAACUCACAGGAGAGUUUUCCCUCACAUUAGCACAGCUUGAAUUGGGUUGCUGAUCAAGUUUUCAUCUUUGUUUUAUGCGUCAUUCGCAGUACAUCAAAGAGAGACGCAUUUUCGCUGAAUGCCACCAGCCUCCCUCUCCAUGGCACAGUGUGCGGGUGGAACAGUCUCACCGCUGCCUUUUGUUCUCAUGGUCCGCCUUCUCGGGAAGGUGGUGACGGUCCCUGAGGGUGUGAUGACUCUCCUGUGAGCACAGGGCUUCUUUCGGAUGGAUUUGGAGACCGGUAGCCAGCCUCAUCUUUGUAGACAUAGCACCAGAAAUCCUUGCUGGAGGGAGCGGUGGGGGGGAACCUCAGCAAGCUCCCACAGAUGUCCUGUGCCCCCUGUCCCUAAGCGUCCAUCCAGGGACUGUCCCACCCCGCUCCCUCCCGCGGAGGUCCUGAACCUGGAACGUGAUUGGCGGGAGACAGCCCCGUCAGUGGGAAAGGAGUCACGUAGCUUCACUCUGUUGAUCCAGCCUCCCCAUCAUGGCCCCAAGGCUGCUGGCUCCUGUCAGGGUCCCUAUGGGUAGUACAGAGAUGAUGCAGAGCUGGUGUCUCGAGUGAGAAAAAGGCAGGGCACCGGGCUUGAGCCACCCUUGCGGUUGGCUGGCAUCAGGGCUCAGCCUAGAACCCACUGGGGGCCCUCCUGCGCGUUACCAGUGGUCCCAGCGGCUCCUUACUCCAACCCCACAGGACAGUCAGGUGGCUCCCUCUGUCGUGGGGAGCUCCCAGCAUUUCAUACCCUCCAUGGGUCUGAGGUUUAAUGAUGCUGAUGUUAUUGCCUCCUCCCUGAUUUGCAUGGUUUGUUGGGGGUGCCAAGCUGAGCAAGGUUUGCUCCCACUUGUUCUGGCAGUAGAAGCCCUAGGUCUCUGCUCUUUUCCUGAUAGUAGCCUUCUUUUUUUUCUUUUUCAAAAUAGCGUAAAUAGAUUCUUAAAACAAGUUAAAGGAUAAACAGCCACUGUGAAUGAGGCUGAAUCACAAACCACUAUAAAUGAACAUGUCUGAGCACUGAACGGUGUCACAAAAAUCUGAAUCUAGCAAAAGAAAAGAAAUAAAGUCUUCGCAGAAGAGUCUUUAUUUUUUUCUAAGUUGUAUAAGGAAAUACUCAGCAACAGUUGUCUAAGGUCGUACUCAAAUUGUCAAUAA